AUGAUAAUCAUACACGAGUAUCCACUUUCAAUAGUAGAACAUCAUGGGUUCCGAAAGUUUGUUGGGGGUCUUCAGCCUUUGUUUAAGGUUCCGUCUCGAAACACCAUCAAAAGUGACAUACUAAAGAUUUAUGAUUUUGAAAGACAAAAGACAUUGAAGAUGUUAGAGAAGAACACUAGUAGGAUAACAAUUACGACUGAUAUGUGGACGGCUAACAAUCAAAAAAAGGGAUUUAUGGCGGUCACUGCUCACUUUGUUGAUCAAAAUUGGAAUAUGCAAAGUCGGAUCAUGAGGUUUAUUUAUGUGCCUUGUCCACAUACAUCUGAAGUUCUUGCGGAUGUACUUUAUGAUUUUUUAUUGGAUUGGAAUCUUGAUAGAAAACUGUCUACACUAACUGUUGAUAAUUGCACCACAAAUGAUGCAAUAAUCAACAUAUUGUUGGACAAGCUUCCUAUGAGUUCACUUAUGAUGGGUGGGAGGUUGUUCCACAUGCGAUGUUGUGCACACGUUCUCAAUUUGAUAGUUCAAGAUGGAUUGGYUGUUCUUGGSGACGGGAUUGAAAGGAUCAGAGAUAGUGUGGCCUUUUGGACUGCAUCGCCAAAAAGAGAUCAAAAGUUUGAGGAAGCAGCUCRCCAAUUGGGAAUAUCAUCCACCAAGAAAUUGGCACUUGAUUGCAGGACUCGAUGGAACUCUACUUACUUGAUGAUCAGUGUUGCUAUAGUUUACAAAGACGUAUUUCAACGCUUACACCAACGAGAGUCUCAAUAUAAAAGUUUGCCAACGCARCAGGAUUGGGAGUUUGCUAAAGAGAUUUGUGAUAGAUUGCAAUUAUUUUAUGAGGUAACAGUAAUGUUUUCUGGUUCAAAGUAUCCCACUACAAAUGUAUUUUUUCCAUCGAUAUGUGAAAUUAGGUAUUCUUUGGUCGAUUGGGCAUGUUCUCCUAGUGAAGUUAUUAGAAACAUGGCUAAGAAGAUGCUUUUGAAGUUUGAUAAGUAUUGGUCUGUUAUACAUGGGAUUAUGGGAAUGGAAGCGGUUUUAGAUCCUCGGUAUAAAUUGAAGUUUGUGGAGUUACUUUUUCCCGUGUUGUACGGACAAGACAAAUCCGCGAUUGAACUUGAAAGGCUUAAGGAAUUGGUCUACACUUUAUUUCAAGAAUAUGAGUUUAGUGAUCCUGGCGUAAGAAACAACAUCGAAGGUGUUAGUGGUUCGUCUUCUUCAAGUUCAGGGUCUUCAGCAAGUCAUCGGGUUGAAUUUGAAAAACUAUUAUCAAAUAUUGCUUCACUUGCCAACCAACAUGAUGAUUAUGGUAUUACAACAGAAUUGGAUAAUUAUUUGAAAGAGAAACUUUUGCCUAAAGACAUGGAACUUGAUUUGCUACUUUGGUGGAAGACAAAUGGGUUUAAAUACCCAACACUUCAAAGGAUGGCUAGAGACAUAUUAGCCGUUCCUAUUUCGACUGUUGCCUCGGAAUCUGCAUUUAGUACCGGUGGAAGAUUGGUAACUCCACAUCGUAGUCGACUUCAUCCAAAAACAUUGGAGGCUCCAAUGUGUGCUCAAAGUUGGCUAUUGAAUGAAAUACGAGAAACUUGUUCUGAUGAGACCGAAGCAUAUUGUCGUACGAUUGAGUAUGAUUAUGACGUGGAAGAGGUUCGGGUUCGGGUUAUGGUUCGGGUUCGGGUUCGGGUAAAACCAAUGGGUAACGGUUAUUCUGCUCUUAACGGGUUACCAACGGGGAUCGGGGAAACCGCGGGAACCCGAUGGGGAUCCCUGAUAAGAUCUCCGACGGGGAUCGGGGAAACCGCGGGGACCCGAUGGAGAUCCCCAUAA